AUGGCACAGAGCGGGCGGUGCGACCUGGCGUGGGCCAAGUGCUUGAAGAUCAUCAGCGACGGCGUGCAGAGCUGCACUCGCACCUGGGUCCCGCAGCAGGACCUCAAUAUCAACAAGGUGGUCAACAAGUUCAGGGCCCAGGUCAACGCCUCGUUCAACGGAACCAGGCUGGUCAUCGCCCAGCUGCGCAACCUGUCGGCCAACGGCAUGCCACCCAACAUCUUUAAUUGGUUCCCCAACAUGCUCUACCCCUACUCCUACUGCAACGUCCCGGGGCCCCCCAUGCCGACCAGUUCUGUUGACCCCGAUGACGUCAACGUCAACAAACUCUGCCCCACCAAGCGUCCCAUCAAGAAGCCCAACCGCAAGGGCGCACUGGCCCCCAAGGGCUUUGGCGCCGCCUGCCUCCAGUGCAACGCCAGCAAGUGCCUCAAGUGCCGGCCAGGCUACACCACGGGCAGUGCCUCUGGCAACUGCGGCAAGUGCCUGGCGCCGGCAUGCGCCAGGUGCGACAUCCGCAACCGCCGGCUGUGCACGGCCUGCAAGAAGGGGUACACGUUGCAGAAGGGGCGCUGCAUGAAGGUCCUCACCCUGGGCUGA